GGGCCGUGCGACGCCUGGGAAUGAGAAGGGGAGGGGCUUUUGUCAAUUCCUUUCCUCUGAUUGGCUCUCUGGGAACCUUCUGGAGUAAAGCGGAAAAAGAGGCCUCAGCUUCUCGCAUGCGCAGUUAGAAAGAAUGAGUCUGCCGGGAGAGGGAAGCCGCAUCAGGAGCACGGCGCGUGCGCAGAGCAGGGGCUGGCGAUUGCGAUGCUGCUUCUGCAGUGAUUCCGGUUCCCCUAGGACACUGGGGUUAGGAUCCCGGUCCUGAAACCAGGUCCUGAACAAGCAGAUGCAUUUCUUUAUGAGCACCUGGGGUUUACUUCGUUUUCCUACAUCCCUGACCAGAAUAUACACAGUGCCAUGGGGACGCCAGCCGUGGGGGAAGCUGAUGUGGUCAUCCCGAGGAAUAGCUGUCACUGCAGUCCAGGCGGCAGGCAGGAGGGACUGUCCUACUCUGCUUUCCCUGGACGAGAGUGAACUUGAAGAGCAGUUUGUAAAGGGACACGGUCCAGGGGGCCAAGCAACCAACAAAACGAGCAACUGCGUGGUGCUCAAGCACAUCCCCUCGGGCAUCAUUGUAAAGUGUCAUCAGACAAGAUCAGUUGACCAAAACAGAAAGCUAGCUCGGAAAAUCCUACAAGAAAAAGUGGAUGUUUUCUACAACGGUGAAAACAGUCCUGUUUACAAAGAAAAACGAGAGGCAGAGAAGAAAAAGCAAGCAAGGAAAAAAAGAGCAAAGGAAACCUUAGAGAAAAAGAAACUGCUGAAAGAACUGUGGGAAUCAAGCAAAAGCAUCCACUGAGAAAGAACUGCAGGCUCAGAUGCAAAGACUCUGCCUGGAGGCCUCCAGGGAGUCUGGGGCGGGGGGUCCCCUCACCAGCACUGUAGAGCUUUUAAAGAGAUGUUCUGACAUUUACAAAACAUAGUCCAACAUAAAAAUGGUGGACCAGACUAAACUAUAGUGAAUGAGGAUGGUACGCUUCAGGAAUAAACCUGUGAGAAAACACAA